CUUUGGAUGACGUAAAAAGAAAAAAAGAUGGGCCACUUUGGCUGAUUUCGAAAAAUUUCCAAGGUGGAUAUUUUUUCCCUUGGUUUUUAUCAAAUCGAACAGUUUGCACCGCUCGACACGUUUUGACCUUUGACCUUCACGACGUUGACAUGAACAAGAACAAGACAUUGAGAAAAGGCACUGAUCAGACAACUUGGGAGUUCGACACAUCGAAGAACGACUUUCCAACAACAUCGACAAACAAACCUAAAGGAGGUCCUAAUGGAAACAUAUCCUCGAAUCCAUUCCGCGUCUCUUUGUUAUGUCGCAACAUGUAUCGACGCUCUCUGCCACAGAGGCCGUCGCAAAACGACAAAAAUAUGAAAUCCGUCGAUACUUCGAAAGCAGCAGAGCGAUCGACACGAUGUUCAGCAUUAUCCACGGAAUAUAGCAACGCGUGCGCGAAACAGAAGGAACUGUCAACAGAGAAUUUCGACUCCAUGCUAGAGCAACUGGAGCAUUUGCACAUCAAACCAUCCAACAGAGCAGCCAUUACGCGAGAUCGGUUACUAGAUGAACGAAGAGACAAUCUGAUUCGAAGCAAAACUUCGGUGUAUAAUUUUUACAGCAGAUCACGUUUAAAAGAAAGUUUUGAUGAUCUUUAUGCAAAAUCGGCUAUUCCCGAACCGAAGGUGCCUGUACAACCGUUGACGGAGGAAGAAAAUGAACUGGUGGAUUCUUUGCUUCGAAAAGGACAACAUGGACUCGUGUCUCAAAUCAAGGCAGCGGUUGUGGAGUUUAAGGACAUUUAUAAACUAUAUCCAGAGACGUGGCUAAAUGAUGAGAUCAUCAAUUUCUACCUCGCACUAAUUUCCGAUCGUGCAUCACAAAAAGCAGACAGUCUACCAUCUAUCCAUUGCUUUAAUACAUUCUUCUGCUCUACGCUGCGAGAAUCUGGCUAUGCCAAAGUACGCCGAUGGACAAAAAAGGUCGAUAUCUUUUCCAAAGAUUUAAUACUGAUACCUAUCAAUCACGCAUACCAUUGGACUUUGGGAAUUAUUCAUGUGCAAAAAAAGUUGGUGGAGGUGUAUGAUUCUCUGGGCGGUAAUCAUGAUUAUACCAUCAAGCUGUUAUUCAACUACCUUCAGCAAGAACAUAUGGAUAAAAAGGGUACACCUCUUGAUUUGAGCGAUUGGACCAGCAAUACCCCCAAGGAUAUUCCGCAUCAAAAGAACAUGUCAGACUGUGGCGUAUUCACUUGCACAUUUGCGGAAAGAUUGGCUGGAAAUCGAUCUUUUGAUUUUUCGCAAGAAGAUAUGACCCUUAUACGCAGAAGAAUGGUUCUCAGUAUAGCGCAGAAGUCAAUUCCUUGAAAAGCUUGUGUUCUGUAGUAUUUUUUUUUUUUUUAAUCGCGCCUCGCAUUGACCGUACCGUGACUGCUGAAAAGUGGGCCUUCCCUCAUUUCAUGAUCCACAUUAUUCCCCUCAUA